CUCGCAUAAACACUCCAGAUAGACAGGAAGCAGUCCACAUUUCCCAGAGAAGAAACAAUCAUGCCGUUCGUUGAAUUAAAUACUAAUUUACCUGCUAGAAGAUUCUCUGAGGAGUUUCUGAAAAAGCUGACCUCCACCACAGCAUCGGCUCUCGGAAAACCAGAAGAUCGGAUGAUUGUUCAGGUAAAUCCUGACCUCCCACUCUUCGUUUUUGGCUCCAGCGCACCUUGUGUCAUUCUUUCUGUGGCUGGAAUCGGAGUGACUGACACAGCUGAGAAGAACCGUGACAAUAGUGCAAAAAUCUUCCCUUUUCUCACCCAGGAGCUUGGACUUUCUGAGGACCGUGUUGUUAUCAGGUUCAGCCCACUGGAGGCCUGGCAGGUGGGGAAGAAAGGAACAGUUGUGACCUUCCUGUAAGAAAAAGCAAACACUGUGGCACCCUAGGACACACAGGAAUCGUUUUAUCACCAUGGAACACUCCUAUUGGCCAAAAUCAGGGUUUAAAAUGUAACUUUAGAUAAUGACUCUCUCUCUGCGCUUCAAAUUACUAUUGUAUAACAAUUAGUUAUGUUAGUCUUAUACAUGUUUUAUUAAUAGUUGGAAAUGUUCAGCAGUUUAAUUAAAUCACAGGUAAUUUUUUGCAUUCAUCAUAGGUGAUGGUGUAUGUCUUAUUUUCUAGAUUAUUUCUGUCUAAAUUAAAUAAUCUCUAAUGAUCUUGGCAUUUCUAAAUCAAAGGACCUUUAACACUUCCCCUUAUGUUCAGUUGUAAGGAAGGUUUCCAGGACCCAUGUUCAUCCAUGUUUAUCAACAUUUAGUGUAAUCUAACUCUUGUGUAAUGUAACUCUUAACCCUUUACAGAUAAUGGUUUGUUAAUGAAAAUAAAUAAAAUAAUGAAAAAACUA